ACGGCCUUUUAAUCUUUGUCCUCUCGAAAUAUUUCGCAUCGCCCAGUCGACAUUGUUGAUCGUUCGACCGGAAUCCGCCGCCCAUUAGCAGAGGGAACGAAAUCCUGCUGCCCAUCCCCAGAAGAGUUCGCAUCCUCCCAAGGUUGGUUCUUGGCGCAGGUGAUUCCUCAGUCUCAUCUCUGAGAUACAUGUGAGCAUGGUAUAGUCAAGUACUACAGAGGUACAGUGGCUGUUCAUACUUCAUAACAUGGUCAAUUAUCUACAAAAGGAUCAAUAUCCCCAAGGCUAAAUUUAUCGAUGGACAUUGAAGCUGCUGCUGUCGAUAAAGAUUUCAGUGCUAAAGAAAGACUGAAUGAACUAUGUCCACUCAAUGGAGUGGAUCCUAAGAAGGCUAGAUUUCCUUGCUGCAUAGUUUGGAGUCCACUUCCAGUAGUUUCAUGGUUGGCUCCUUAUAUUGGUCACGUUGGAAUUUGCCGCGAGGAUGGAACAGUUCUUGACUUUGCUGGUUCAAAUUUUGUGAACAUUGAUAAUUUUGCAUAUGGAGCUGUUGCCAGAUAUCUUCAACUCGACAGGGAGCAGUGCUGUUUUCCUCCUAACCUAUCGGCACACACAUGUGAGCAGUCCUACAAACAUGCCGAACAAGGAACAGCAAUAUCGUGGGACGAUGCACUGCAUUCGAGCACGCAGCAUUUUUCGCAUAAGUACUACAACCUCUUCACCUGCAACUGCCAUUCCUUUGUGGCUAACUGCCUCAAUCGGCUCGCUUACAAGGGAUCUGUGUGGUGGAACAUGUUGAACUUGGCUGCUCUCAUCCUCUGGAAAGGUCAGUGGGUGGAUGGCAUGUCAGUACUCCGAUCAUUCUUCCCCUUUGUGGCAGUGCUCUUUGUUGGUGUUUUAAUGGCUGGUUGGCCUUUCCUGAUUGGGAUGGCAGCAUUCUCAUUCCUUUUGAUUGGAUGGUUUGUUUUUGGGAUAUACUGCACGAAGAAUUUGAUAGAAUAAAAUUCUUAGCCACGAUUUGUUUGAAGAAGAGACAAUGGCUCGAUGUUGACUUUUCUUGUUUUUGGGAUAUACUAUAUGAAGAAUUUGUUAAGACUAAAAUUCUUAACCACGAUUUACUUGUUGAAGUGACAAUGGAUUGAUGUUGACUUUUACCA